AUGACCGACAACACAAACCCCGGAAACUUCGCCAACCGCCCCAAGGAGGAGGUGCAGGAAAUCGCCUCCAAAGGCGGCCAGGCCAGCCACAGCGGCGGUUUCGCCAGCAUGGAUCCCGACAAGCAGCGAGAGAUUGCCUCCCAGGGCGGCCAGGCGUCGAGUGGAUCGUUCGAGAAAGGAAGUGAACGUGCUGCUGAGGCGGGUCGCAAGGGCGGCUCUGCUACGGGCUCGUCCUAG